AGAUAAGAGUCCACUGGAAAUCCUAAAGUCUCAUUAUCAACGCAGCACAGACAGCUUGCGCGGGGCCGUGCACGCGCUGGACAUUGAUAAGAAAACUGCAAGACUAAUUUUAUAACCUAUACGUAUGUCGCUUUCAUUACGGACAAUACGAAGAGCUGGACGAAGAAACUCUUUUGUAUCCCACAUGAAAAAUCUUGGAUUGGAAAGACUUUUUAAUAUUUAAGUGUUUUUAUAGUUUUUAAACGGUUAUCAGUGAAGAUUCUCAAUUUCACAAAAGGUCCUCGCAUGCGUCAGCUUUAUGUUAAAGUAUUUUUUUACUUUAGAAACUACCUUGACGUUUCUUAAACUAAAUUAUUUGUUUUAAGUGACCAGUAUUAUUUUUCUCUGUACUGGAUAUUAAAAGAGUCGUCUUUUUUUGGGACUAGACCAUGUAAAUUGGCUAUUUAAUUAAAUUCAUCUCAAGCUGUGGGAUUUUGGGGCUGUGCUGGGAAACCUCUUCGCGCUAAUCCGCAAACUGCCCUUCAAAGGACUUCAAAUGGGCCUCAGAACGGAGACUCAAUCUGAAUGUUUGCACACUGAGAGGAAUGUCAAGCCUGCGCAGCCUCUGAGGGGCUCAAAACUGCGCUUUCAUUAACCUGAUAUUUGUUCGCGAGCCGCUGUCCCGCGCGCCCGGUGCUGAGCGUCUGGUGCGUGCGCGUCUCUCUCGAUGCGCGCUGUCCCGCGGAGCCCCGCAGCGGCACGGCAGCAAGAUGAGAUCGCGGAUCCCGCUUCUUCUCGCGGUGCUUGCAGCGGCGGCGUGUCUGCGGUUCGGCAGCGCGGAGGGCGAUCCUCUCCCGGCCGCUGUGGUUGAGCUGGUGAAGAGCGGAUCGGUGUCCUCUAUGCAGGAUUUGCAGUUUUUGUUGUCUAUAGAUGCCGAGCCAGAUGAUCAGCAUGACAAUGACAGCAGUAAUCGUCUGCCUCGGAGUCUUCUCGAUGCUCAGCCCGCUCAGCAAGCCGUCUGUAAGGUCAGGACAGAGGUUAUCGAGGUCACACGCUCCAUGUUAGACCGUAGUAAUGCAAAUUUCUUGUUGUGGCCUCCGUGUGUGGAAGUCCAGAGGUGUUCAGGCUGCUGUAAUACCAAGAGUCUGCAGUGUGUGCCCGUUCUCUCACAUACACGAUACCUACAGGUGAUGAAGAUACAGUACGUGAAUAAGCGGCCGCUCUAUGAGAAGGCCGUCGUCUCUGUCCUCGAUCACGUAGAGUGCCGCUGUCAGCCGGCCCCUCGACCCGCCCAGCGCAAGAAAUCAUCCAACGGCAAACAGGAGCGCUCGGGAAAAUCUCGCUCUAAAGGUGAGCUCCACCAAAAGGAUGAAUUCAAACACAACCAGAGGCUCAGCUUGGAGGACCUGUUCACCCAGAGCUGGUUACCCAAAGAGAGGCUCCAUGAAUCGGGAGCACCAGACGCUGUUUUACCCUCUGGGGAUUUCAAGCUUCAUUCAGGUCGUGACGGCUGGGGUCUGAACGAGACGCAGUAUGGCGGGGGCAGAGGUCAUCACCAUUACCCCGUUGAUCGGAGGAGACAUCAUGGCAACAUGAGUGACACGGGGGUGGGGUCAACAAAGGGAACCACAGUUCCAUUACCGAAUCACACAGAGCAAAUAGAAAUUGAGAAGGUGGAUUCGUCGCUGAACAAUUUUACGAAGGCUGUUGAAAGAGAUCGAUCGAAUGCACUAUUUGAAUCGCAGAGCAACGCUAACCGGAGUAUUAUCAAUCAGACAGCUGAAUAUAAGAUGACAGCAAAUGAAUUAACAAAUAAAACUUUGACGCAUCAGUCAAACCUUACACACGAAAGUAAUCAAGAAAUCGAUCAGUUACAAAGACACAAAACCAACUUUGCAGUAGGGGCCGAUCAGGAUGAACAAAAGGCCCCAUCCACAGACCUGACCAAUCGGACGGAUCAACACAUGUCUGAUUCCACAGAGGAAGCCAAUCAAAAUCAAGGAGAUUGGUUUCUGUCUAUUAAGGAACACAAUAAGACUAUAGAUGUUGAGAGAGGUGAGGAUGAAAGAAAGGACAAACGGAUAAACGUCAGCCCCGAACAAAAGAAGAAGGACGACGAGAUGGAAGACCUCAUACUACUGCAGAAACAUCUAGAGGAGGACAAACACAAACAUCACCUCAAAGUUCAACAAACAAACAGGGAAGAGGAUGGGAAACUACAACUGCUUCAUCACAAACAACACACAACCACACAACAAACAGGAACUAUAUCUCCUCCACUGCAGCGUUCUCCUCCACGCACACCUCCCAAACCACCGCCACCGAAACGCAAAAGAAAACAGCGAAACCGCAUUAGCAAAUCAGCCAUGAGAGCCCUGCUCAUGUAGCACCAACAGAACAGAAAGAUGUGGAGAUGGCUGCAGUCUCUCCCAUACGGGAUCUUAUUUAUGUAACCACCGUGUUCUCGGACAUUAAGAAUUACUGCACUAACCACCUGUCAUACAGACUCAAAACUCUCACGUGAUGUUCUUAUUUUUCACCCUGAUUCAUGAGGAAAGGACAAAUGUGUCGCAGAAUGUACUGUAGAUGAGGAUUGACUUUCCCAUUGGAUCCUCUUGCAUGGAUAUUCGAGCUGAGAUAUGGGACCACAGUGGGACAUGAGGACAAUGUUAAAGUUCAGAACAUUGGAGGUAUGGAACUGCACAGUAAGGGAACCUGCAAGAAGUGGCCUGAAAAAAUACAUUUCCCAUGAUCAUAAGAGACAGUUUAGUGCUACAUUCGAUUAUGUUAAAUCAUCCAAGACAAAUGCGGUUGUAAGUUUUUUAUUUUUGUUGUGGGACCAAUGCUAGGCAACUGAGACUUCAAAAGAAAGAAGAGCAUACGUUUGGAGAUUCGUGAGAAACUGAUGACGCUAUAUUUGGUAUUAUCAUCAAAUACAAAUAUAGGAAACCAAAACAUGAUUUGGUUGAAAUGAUGUACUUUUGCGUACACGGAAAGAAAAAAGAAAGGUUAAACAAAACUUUGCAAAAUCCUACUUUAAUGCAUUACCAGGCGAAUGCACAAACUACCUUUGCUAUAAAUAUUAUUUUUAAUUAUUAUUUAAGCGAUUCUUAACACUGGAAAUUCACACAGGAUGAAGAAAGGGAAAUGAAUUCUUCAUACCUCUAAGAGUGUAAAGGUGCUACAUUAUAACACAAAGCAGUAAGAGUUUUAUCAUUAAUAUUAUUUAUUCUAAAUCGCUGAAGAAACCAUGUCUUAUAAAACACUCACCAAAAGACCAAAAUGUGGAUUUUUGAAGUAUGGUUCUGCACAGGUCAGUGUCUGUAUGUCUGUGUUGAAUCUGUACUAAACUUUGCAGAUGGUGCAGAAUUUGCACCCAUUUUUAUACAUAGAAUAAAACUGAAACACUAACCAUCAAGGUGUAAAUGAUGGUCUUAUUUAACUUAUAACGGUUUGCAAAUAAUGCUCAGGUUAAUAUCUUUGGUGUGAAAACCAUUUCAUCUACAGUAUGAGAGAUCCUAACAAAUAACUGUAGUCAUAGUUAUCAUCAUUGUGUGUCUGUACAUGUCUGUUUGCUUGUUUGUAAAAGUUUCAUGUAUAUGUGAGAGAGAGAAUUGGCUUAAAGGGCACCUAUUAUGCAAAAUUCAAUUUGUACUUGUUGUUUGGACAUAAAUGUGUAUUGGCAACCAACAGCCCUACAAUGAAAAAAAUCCACCGACUCCUUAUUUAUAAACCAUAUAAAUCCAAAGCAGUCUCAUUAGACGUGCCAUUGUGAUUCUCUCGUUAGUGUGAUGUCACACUGAUAAAGCCCCGCCCAUGGCCACUGACUGACAGUCAUGCAGUACCAUAGUUUUCGCCCUCAGCAAGUUGUUGCCAUGUCCCAAUAGGGAGAUACUGUUGUCUCAGACUGUAUUCACAUGAAUCAGAUCUAUUUUAAAUGCUAAGUGCUCACUGUUUCUUUUGGCAAGGGAAUGAGGAGCUAAUUUGCAUUUCAAUGUACAAACACGAGAACAGCACAUUUUUGCUUCCAGUUUAUUCAUUCCAGAGAUUUACAAUAAAUGAUAUGUGAGGUAUUUUGAGCUGAAACUUCACAGACAAAUUUUGGGCACACCUGAGACUUUACAUCUUAUAAAAAUAUGCAUAAUAUGUGCUAAAGCUUUUUUCAUAUUCACUGUAAAAAAUGUGAUGUAAUUAUGCAGCUGGUUGCCAGUAACUUACUGUAGAAGAUAAAGACUGAAAAUGCUUCAUGUUCAUUUAUCUUUGAACAAACUGUUGCCUUUAAAUAACAUAAAUGUAAAAUCUACAGUAAGUUACUGGAAACCAGCUGCCAGUAAUACACUGUAAAAAAAUCAGUAGAAAUUACAGUGUUAUUGCAGCAGGGUUGCCGGUAACUUACCGUAGAUUUAAAUUUAUGUUAUUUACUGGCAAGAGUUUGUUCAGAGUUAAAUAAAUUUUAAAUAUUAACAAGUCUUUAUCUUUACAGAAUAAAACUAUACAAUAACAGCACCAUGCAAAGCAUUCUGGGAACCAGAAAUCAUCAUCAACCUUUUUUUGUUUUUUGCUUCAGAUUUUGUUUCCCAGAAUGUUUUGCUUGAUGCUGUUUUUUUAGUUUUACUCUGUAAAGACAAAGACUUGUAAAUGUUUAAUGUUCAUUUAACUUUAAACAGAAAAGGUUGGCAGUAAAUAACAUAAAUUUAAAUCUACGGUAAGUUACCGGCAACCCAGCUGCAAAAACACUGUAAUUUCUUUGGAAUUUUUUAAAAUUUCUACAGAUUUUUUUUACAGUGUUGUAUUUGUAUAGGAAUCAGAUAAAAUUCUUCUUCAUAAAUAUUCCCCACUGUAAAAAAAUCCAUAGAAAUUACAGUGUUACUUGCAGCUGGGUUGCCGGUAACUUACCGUAGAUUUAAAUUUAUGUUAUUUACUGGCAACAUUUUGUUCUAAGUUAAAUGAACAUUAAACAUUUAUGAGUUUUUGUCUUUACAGAAUAAAUAAAAUAAAAGAGUCAAGCAAGCAUUCUGAAAAACAAAAUCUGAAGUAAAAAACAAAGAAAAAGGUUGAUGAUGAUUUCUGGGUCCCAGAAUGCUUUGCAUGAAGCUGUUAUUGUAUAGUUUCAUUUUGUAAAGACAAAGACUUGUAAAUAUUUAAUGUUAAUUUAACUUUGAACAAAAUGUUGCCAGUAAAUAACAUAAAUUUAAAUCUACGGUAAGUUACAGGCAACCGAGCUGCAAUAACACUGUAAUUUCUACGGAAUUUUUUGAAAUUUCUACAGAUUUUUUUUACAGUGUUUCUAUGUACAGAAAUCAGAUAAAAUUCUUCUUCAUAAAUACUCCCCAAAAAAAUCCAUAGAAAUUACAGUGUUACUUGCAGCUGGUUGCCGGUAACUUAACGUAGAUUUAAAUUUAUGUUAUUUACCGGCAACAUUUUGUUCUAAGUUAAAUGAACAUUAAACAUUUAUGAGUGUUUGUCUUUACAGAGUUAAACUAAAAUAAAAGAGUCAAGCAAGCAUUCUGAGAAACAAAAUCUGAAGCAAAAAAUAAAGAAAAAGGUUGAUGAUGAUUUCUGGGUGCCAGAAUGCUUUGCAUGAAGCUGUUAUUGUAAAGUUUAUUUUGUAAAGACAAAGACUUGUAAAUAUUUAAUGUUAAUUUAACUUUGAACAAAAUGUUGCCAGUAAAUAACAUAAAUUUAAAUCUACGGUAAGUUACAGGCAACCGAGCUGCAAUAACACUGUAAUUUCUACGGAAUUUUUUGAAAUUUCUACAGAUUUUUUUUACAGUGUUUCUAUGUACAGGAAUCAGAUAAAAUUCUUCUUCAUAAAUACUCCCCCAAAAAAUCCAUAGAAAUUACAGUGUUACUUGCAGCUGGUUGCCGGUAACUUACCGUAGAUUUAAAUUUAUGUUAUUUACUGGCAACAUUUUGUUUAAAGUUAAAUGAAAAUUAAACAUUUACGAGUGUUUGUCUUUACAGAGUAAAACUAAAAUAAAAGAGUCAAGCAAGCAUUCUGAGAAACAAAAUCUGAAGUAAAAAAACAAAGAAAAAGGUUGAUGAUGAUUUCUGGGUCCCAGAAUGCUUUGCAUGAAGCUGUUAUUGUAUAGUUUAUUUUGUAAAGACAAAACUUGUAAAUAUUUCAUGUUAAUUUAACUUUGACAAAGUGUUGCCAUUAAAUAACAUAAAUUUAAAUCUACGGUAAGUUACUGGCAACCAGCUGCCAGUAACAGUGUAAUUUCUACUGAAUUUUUUUACAGUGCCCUUUAUUUCAGUUAAGAGAGAGAGAGUAAAAUUAUUUCCUUAUUUCGUUUGUUAAUUUUAACUGGAAUCUCUCUUCAUCCAUCCCUUGGUUUUCCCAGUUCAGAGAACCCAUUGCAUUAGGAACUAUUGUAUAGUCUAUUGUAAAACAACAGUAAUCCCACAUCUCUCUUUCAGAGUUUUAGAGGAGACCUCUGAAAUGCAAGUCUGCAAGAUUUCAGUGUACUUACUUAC